AUGAAUCCGAUAGAUAUUCACUCAAAGCAAGACAAAGCCGAUGACGGUGACCGGAAGACUAUUCCCGAAGGCGCCGAGAACGGCGGAGUGGAAACAACCGCCGCGCCGGACGGUCAAGAUGGCGGGAAAGCAUAUUCAAAUUUGAAUGAUGAAACAAAUGACGAUGGAAGCGGCCGUAAUCAAUACAUAACAGCCGUCAAUUCUCAAGCUCAUCUCCCGAAACCGGAGCCGCCGAAGCCGAGAAUGGAGCGAUCGCAGUCGUUAAGGAUGCCUUCGAUAGGGAAAUACAUUUUGGAUCGGAGCGCCAGUUUUUCGGCGGCGAUCAUGAACAGUCUGUACUCGUUAAAAGAAGACACAGACGAAUUCGUGGAGAAAGACGACGAUCCGUUGAACUUCGACGUGACGGAGUUCAAGAUCCCCGGCGUGAAAGUCAUAGUGAAUCCAAAAAGCGGAGAGGAACGACUCGAAGAUCAAAUAAGAGGUCGAUUAACGUUGUUCACGAGAUCGAACUGCGAAAACUGCAUCGCCGCUCGCAGAUUCUUCAAAGAAAAAGGGCAUCGAUACGUUGAAAUAAACAUCGACGUGUUCACCAAAAAGACCGAGGAAUUGAUCGAACGAACGGGAGACGCCGGAGUGCCGAAGAUAUUCUUUAACGAUUGUCUGAUCGGUGGAUUGGAGACGUUGAAAUCGUGGAGCGAGAGUGGGGGAUUGGAAGAGAAAAUGAGGGAAUUGUUGGGUCCGCAAUGUCCCGAAGAAGCACCGAAAGCACCGGAUUACGAAACCAACGACGAGGAAGACGAAGAAGAUGAAUUGAUGAAUAUAGUGAAUUACCUGAGACGGAGUUUGCAGAUUCAGGACCGUUUGAUUAAGAUGAAAAUGGUGAAGAGUUGCUUUGCUGGUGCUGAUAUGGUGGAAGCCAUUACUACCUACCUUGACUGCGGCAAAAGAAAGGGCAUUGCCACUGCCAAGAUGAUUGUCCAAAAACACUUCAUCCACCACGUCUUUGGGGAAAAUGACUUUGAAAAUGGGAAUCAUUAUUAUCGUUUCCUUGAACAUGAGCCGUUCAUUAUGGGAUGCUUCAACUUUCGAACAUCAACGAAUGAUAAUGAACCGAAGCCUGCAUCGGUAAUGGUCGAUAGGCUUUCGAAGUUAAUGUGUGCCAUUGUGGAAAUGGAUGGCUAUGUAUCCCAUAACAGACUCCAUGUCGAUUAUCUUGCCAUCGGUAAAAGUGAAGAAUUCCGCAGAUACAUUAAGUUGGCUCGAGAUUUACAGAGGAUCAAUUUAAAAUUAUUCACUCCAAACGAGAGAUUGACAUUCUUCUUGAACUUAUAUAAUGCUAUGGUGAUCCAUGCUAUAAUCAGCAUCGGACACCCUGAAGGAAUACUCGAUAACAAAGCUUUCUUCAUGGACUUUCAAUAUGUAAUCGGAAGGUACCCUUAUUCCCUCAGUAUCAUAGAGAAUGGGAUUCUCAGAAACAAUCAUAGACCCCCUUAUUCCUUGACCAAACCCUUUAACAAAGGAGAUCGACGUUUACAUCUGGUUCCUAUGAAACUGAAUCCAUUGAUUCAUUUCGGAUUAUGCAAAGGAACAAGAUCAAGCCCGAAGCUAAGGUUCUUCACAGCCCAGAAUGUGCAAGAAGAGCUCAAAAAUGCAACAAUGGAGUACUUUCAGAAUGAAGGGAUUGAGAUUGAUUGGGAAGUAAGAACUGUUUACUUAUCUCGAAUCAUCAAGUGGUACAGUGCAGAUUUUGGAGAGAAGGAUAGAGACAUCUUAGAGUGGGUCUUGAACUACAUUGAUGGAAGGGACGCCGAGCUUUUGAAGAAGCUUUUGACUGAUGAAGACACCAUUACCAUCGUCUAUCAGGAUUAUGAUUGGUCUGCCUCCACGGAGCAAGGAGAUGAUAAGUGGUCUGCAAUUCUUAUUAUCUGGUGCAUGGAUUUGAUAUCUGAUGGGUACAACAUUUUCGGGUUCCGAAAAAGGGGGAUCUCUACAAAUUUAUCCAUUGUGGCACCCAAUGGUGGCAACCUACCGGCUUCUGGUGGCAUUUGCAGUCAAAUUUUCUUUUGUGGUUACACGAACCAGAUAUAUAUCCAAUCUCGAUCUUGA